AAGAAGACCAAUCUCUCAUUAAUCUUCACAAAAAAAAGUUGAUACUUAUCAAUAACAUCAUUAUAUUUUGUAUUGAGUUCUCUCUAUUUCUUUCUCCUUUACUAGUUCCAUCUUAUUGUAUUCAUGGAGAAAUUCAGUACUUCCGAAGCUUCUCCUUCUGAGACCUCAAAGGUAGACGAAACGAAGAGACUGGCCAAGAUGAAGUCUAUCAUGCCUGCUGCAGUACUAGAUUCAGAAAACAAAUCCCGUUUUCUUCUAGAUCUGAAACUGUCCCAGAACGAUAAAUCGUUCCUAGCGGCUGGUAGUGGGAGUGGCACCGACAAGGGCACCGGUUCAAGGAAAGAACUGAAUCUCUUCAGUUCUAAUCAACUUGUUGUUAGCGCUGCACCUUCUCUUCUUUCCAACCACAACCAAGAAGAAGAGAAUAAACCCUCAUCGGCGGCGGAGGAAUUGGCUCAACCGGCUAGGGUUUUCUCGUGCAACUUUUGCAAGAGAGAAUUCUCCACGUCUCAAGCCUUGGGUGGUCACCAGAACGCUCACAAACAUGAGCGUAUGAUGGCCAAACGACGCCAAGGGAUUGAUGCUCAUGGGCCUUUUGGGCCCCACCGUUACUCACCCUAUUACCCAUACUAUCCCUCAUCGUCAUCUUACUAUGGAGCUUACAAUAACAGAUCCCCACUUGGGAUCAUGGAUUCGGUGAUUCAUCAUAAGCCUAAUCCCUACCCUUGGUACAAUAGACCGUUCGGGAUGACCGAUUAUGGCAGCAGCGGCGGUGAACGAGGCGGCGACAUGGCCCCUUGGUCAAGGCAGCCCUCAAUGCUGAACUCUGGACAACGUUCGAAUGAUCAGCGACUCAACUUAGAUGCCACUACUCCUCGUUCUCGUAAUACUAUUACUACUACUGCUGCUGCUACUGGGGUUGGUGGUUUGGCCGGUAAGGUUGAUGAAAUCAACCGUCCCAGUACCAGCAGCGGUGUCGAUUUCUUCCGGCGUAAGGAGCCCCUCAAGACCAGUAAUAAUCGUUCGGGUCCUUCUUCGGGAAUUGAUUUGUCUCUUAAACUUUAAUAAAUUAAGUAAUUAGAUUUCAUUUGUUUUUAUUGUAUAUAUGCUUUGUUUGGUUUAAUUUAUGUAGACAGCAAGAACAUAAAAUUAUUAGUUUACUUAAUUUAUGUAUAUGUGGUCUGUUGUUUGUUCAGACGUUUGUUUAGUUUUUAUGAACUUUGUUUGCACUUGU